GUAGAAUGGGGUGAUAUUUACUUGCUGCCUGUACACACAAUGUAGUGCACACCUUCCCGCUGCCAGGAAGCAGCACAGCCCAAAGUGAGCUGAUGGUAAUGUCAAGGGAUUCGGCGUGAGAGGAAGGCUGUCACUGCUAGCUCGCAAACAGCAGCCUUUAAUCGGUCCGCCUGACAUUCAGCGGUUCACUUCUGGUUUACUCCAAUGUAAUCACUCACAUGCCUAAACUGGGUCCCUAUCACCAGCCACAGCGCUCCAUUAUCUCCUCAACAGGCUGCACCUGGCACGGCCACCCUUCCCAGAGAGGCUGCUGACACCCUCUCAGCCAGUUUGCUUUUUGGAAAGCGCUGGAUCCAUAGAGGAAUAUAGAAGAAGAAUCACCAUCCAUCACACUUGAAGAAGAAACCCUCCACGCAUGCGCAUGGGUGAUGAGCAGCCGGCCCUGGGUGAGCAGCCCAGCUUCAACGGAUGUGAUCACGGCAAAGAUUUGCAGCUCUCGGCCGUCAUUGAUGGUGAAAUUCCCAUGGGAUCAGAGCGGAUGGAGAUGCGCAAGAGGCAGAUGUCAGUGCAUCAGGAUACAGUGAGCACCGCUCAGCCCCAGCAAGGGGUUGGAAACCGGGGCUCGAAUGCCUGUUGCUUCUGUUGGUGUUGCUGCUGCAGCUGCUCAUGCCUCACUGUUAGAAAUCCAGAAGAUGAAAGACGGAGGGCGUCUAAUGAAAUCAGAGGUGAUGGCAUACCAAACUGGGAAGAAAGUCCGACCCCUACACUUGAAGAUGUAUACUCGUGGGGACAAUCGUUUGACAAGCUCAUGAAUACGCCCGCUGGAAGGAACGCAUUUCGUGAAUUCCUACGAACAGAAUUCAGUGAGGAGAACAUGCUUUUCUGGAUGGCCUGCGAAGAUCUUAAAAAUGAAUCCAAUAAAAAUGUGAUAGAAGAAAAAGCACGACUAAUAUACGAGGACUACAUUUCUAUUUUGUCUCCCAAAGAGGUCAGCCUGGACUCCAGAGUGAGGGAAGUUAUUAACAGAAAUAUGCUUGAACCUACACAACACACUUUUGAUGAUGCCCAACUGCAAAUUUACACCUUAAUGCACAGAGACUCCUACCCACGGUUUAUGAACUCUGUAAUAUACAAGAACCUUCUUCAGUCCUUAUCGGAGAACACCAAUGAGUCUUAGUUUUGUUCUUUUUUUUUUUGUGUGUGUGUUUUGUAUUUAUAUUUAUCAUUUUUAUUGUUUCUUUUUAUUUAUUUUAAAACAAAUGAAAAAGAGGGUAUGAUCAUUGGCAGGUAGUUUAACGCUACCAAGAUCUUCACUUGAAAGCUAUACUCAGGCUUAUUUUAAUAUGGACUGUAAAUCCUAUCUUCUGCUAAUGGCCCUUAAUUGCCAUGCCUAUUGGCAGCUAGUGAUCAACUUUAGGAACUUUUUUUGUUUUGUUUCCUUUUCCAAAAAUAGCUGGAGAACAUUUUUAAAUUGCAUAUUAUCCCUUUGAGUGUCUUAGAAAUGUGCAGCAUGCUUGCACGUCCCUCUGGCAUGCAAAGGUUGAACAUAGUAGUUGUAUUUUUACAACAGUAAAUUGCAUGUACUCAAAGGCAAGAGUGACUCUGGUGGAAGUGCCUUGAAGUUUUAGGAUAAUUUGUUUUGGCCAGACUAGGUUUAAACACUUACAUUCAUGAGAACACUGAAGAACAAAUACAGUCAUUACUUUAGAGUGUUGGUACUUCCACUUGUCUUCGAGUACGUAUGCACAAACCAACCAAUGGUGUGCUGACCAAGAAAAAGUAUAUUUAAAAAAAUUAUGUAUAAUAUUGAGCCUGGCUCAGAUGCAAAUUUAAACAAAUGGGAUUUUUUCAGGUAUGAAUGUUUAUAAAUGUUUAGUUUUCAAUAAUUUAUUAUUUUGUUUCUUUGCAAAGGGAGAAAUAAUUAAAAAAAAAUGUGAACCUAAAUGUGGAUAUUUACAUUCCCUAGCAAAAAAUUAAUAAAUUGUAAUAAAGCACAAUAGUUUUAUCCAAA